AUGUCCGCUGCCGCCUCCGCUGAAAUGAUUGAAACCCCCCCGGUCCUCAACUUCGAAGAAAUCGACUACAAAGAGAUCGAGGUGGAAGAGGUUGUUGGAAGAGGAGCCUUUGGUGUGGUCUGCAAAGCAAAAUGGCGAGCUAAAGAUGUAGCCAUUAAACAAAUAGAAAGUGAAUCUGAAAGAAAAGCCUUCAUUGUAGAGCUUCGACAACUGUCACGAGUAAACCAUCCCAAUAUCGUCAAGUUAUAUGGAGCCUGUCUGAACCCAGUGUGUCUUGUUAUGGAGUAUGCUGAAGGAGGUUCUCUAUACAAUGUGCUGCAUGGUGCUGAACCUCUGCCUCAUUAUACUGCUGCACAUGCCAUGAGCUGGUGUUUACAAUGUUCCCAAGGAGUGGCAUAUCUCCACAGUAUGAAACCAAAGGCUCUAAUUCACAGAGACCUGAAACCACCAAAUUUGCUCUUGGUAGCUGGGGGGACAGUUCUAAAAAUCUGUGAUUUUGGUACAGCUUGUGAUAUUCAAACACACAUGACCAACAAUAAGGGAAGUGCUGCUUGGAUGGCACCUGAAGUUUUUGAAGGUAGCAAUUACAGUGAAAAAUGUGACGUUUUCAGUUGGGGUAUUAUUCUCUGGGAGGUAAUCACCCGUAGGAAACCUUUUGAUGAGAUUGGUGGUCCAGCUUUCCGCAUAAUGUGGGCAGUUCACAAUGGUACUAGGCCACCACUGAUCAAAAACUUACCUAAACCAAUUGAGAGUUUAAUGACCCGUUGUUGGUCCAAGGAUCCCUCACAACGACCAUCCAUGGAGGAAAUUGUUAAAAUAAUGACACACUUGAUGCGGUACUUUCCAGGAGCUGAUGAACCUCUACAGUAUCCUUGCCAGUAUUCAGAUGAAGGCCAAAGCAACUCUGCCACCAGUACAGGUUCAUUCAUGGACAUCACUUCUACAAACACAAGUAACAAAAGUGAUGCUAACAUGGAACCAAGUGACUUCCAAGGAGCUUCUACCAAUGACACUAUUAAACGUUUAGAGUCAAAACUAGCACAGCAAAUGAAAAAUACAGCCAAGCAGCCGGGCGAUCCUGGCCGCUUGAGUUUACCCCCAUCUCGUGGGAGCAGCGUGGAGAGCCUGUCAGAUGUUCGUGCACGACCACAGUCAGCCCUUGUUUCAGGAGAAGCCAAAAGGAUGAGUGCUGACAUGUCUGAAAUAGAAGCAAGAAUAGCUUCCAUCACAGCCUAUUCCAAGCCUAAACGAGGCCAUCGUAAAACUGCUUCAUUUGGCAACAUUCUGGAUGUCCCUGAGAUCAUCAUACCAGCAGGAAACGGACAGCAGAGGCGCAGAUCCAUUCAAGAUCUCAGUGUUGCUGGAACAGAGUCCAGUCAGGAGAGUAGAAACAGCAGUAGAUCAUCUAGUCCUAGUGUAAGAAUGAUCACUACCUCGGGACCAACCUCUGAAAAGCCAACUCGUAAUCCAUGGACACCUGAUGAUGCAGCUGCUCUUGGAGACAGCAUAGUCUUUGAGGGCAACACCUUAAUUUCUCUGCUACCACUCUGUGGUAGGUGCUUUUGGGGUAUGGAGACCAAUGGGUCAGAUAACUCUAUCCCAAUGGCAUAUCUUACACUAGAUCAUCAGUUACAGCCUCUAGCACCAUGCCCAAACUCCAAAGAAUCUAUGGCUGUGUUUGAACAGCACUGCAAAAUGGCACAAGAAUAUAUGAAAGUUCAGACAGAAAUUGCAUUGCUGUUGCAAAGGAAACAAGAACUAAUAGCAGAACUGGACCAGGAUGAAAAAGACCAGCAAAACACAUCCCGUCUGGUACAAGAACAUAAAAAGCUGUUAGAUGAGAACAAAAGUCUCUCAACUUAUUAUCAGCAAUGCAAAAAGCAAUUAGAGGUCAUCAGAAAUCAGCAACAGAAACGGCCAGGCACAUCAUGAUUUCCUGGGACCUUUGAACUUAAAAAUAUGCACAGAAAAGACUGAUUAUUUUUUUUAUUGUUACUACUAUCCCUUAUUAUGACAACUCAUGAGUGUUAGCUUCUUGGUGUGAUCUGUAUUUGUCUGCUACACUUAACAUCAUUUAAUUUUCUUUUUCCUAUGGUGGACAUCCAGUUCAACAGGUUAAUCGAAGAAGGUGAGAAAACAAUGACUUGAAUUAACCAACAGCCCUCAGUUUAAAGCAAGCCCCCAGAGGCUGUGUGCAUGCUCCUUGUGUGAAGGCUAGCCUAACACGUGCUGAAAACAGCUGCUAAGUUGUAAGAUCUUGGGUUUAGUUUUUGGUAUUACCUCGAUACGAGCAAAACGAAAACUUUCCUGUUUAAGAACAAUUUUGUUCCAGUGUCUCAUCUCAAACUAUUAAUAUGAUGGUUAUUUUUCAGGACUUAAACAUGCACCAAGCUGCAGAGGUGAUGCUGGCUGACCAGAGCAAUUCAUGAUGCAUUAGGGAUGCCUUUUACCUGUAGACGUAGUGUAUUUUUUCCCACAUGCAAAAUGGUAUGCAAACUGAUGCCAGCAUCCUUGGUUCAGUGCUUGAUAGCCCUGCAUUUUGACUAAUAUAUUUCUUGUAAUCUUGCAUUCAUAAAAUAUUUGAAGUAAAAAGCUGUAUUUUCUUUCUUGGGGGGAAUGACCUACAGUUUCCUGCAAAAGUUAUGAAGGGGAUCACUGGGCGAGGUUGAUCCCUUAUAUAAAAAAGAGAAAGAAUCAAAAAUGUGUGAAGUUUUUUAAACGUCUGAAGCUUUUGUCCCUGUAGCAUCUUUGGAAGGAAAUUCAGAAGCAUAUUGAUACAAAACUUUAAAUACUUGUUUCCUUUAUACCACUUCUUGGAUUAUUUUUUCCCCCUACAAUUUAUUUGCUGAAAAGCAUUUAACCAUAAAUGCAGAUAAGUUUGGUUUAGAUUGGGAGAGAAGGAUUUGGGGAAAUGAAUUUACUUCAAAUAGCAAAUUAAUAAAUGGAGUUGAGUAUGCACAUAGCAGAAACUAUUAAGAAAAUUAGGGAAAAGGCUCCAUCAGGAGUCUGUGAUUCCACUCACUUGAACAUAGUUCAAAGGAAGUCCAUCACAGAAUGGUUGCUCCCUUUGUGGCUGAAGAGUUGCAUUUACCGAACUCAAGCAGAAUAUGUAAUGUUUGGUGUCGAUACUUACCGUUAUUACAUGGGAGAAAAUAACUACUUGUUUACAUUGUUGAUCGAUUGUGAAUUAACUUUUUAACUGGUACCAAAAUGAGGCAUUUCUAAAUAUAAUGAGAAAUUAUUCUUGACAUAAGCUUUUGGCGUGCUCAUUUGUGGGCAGGGUUUUAAUAACACUCUUCUGCAGAAGGAAAAGAAAAAAAUUGAAGUUUUGUUACCAAGCCCUCAAAAUACAAGAGGAAUCAUCUGAAAUUUGACGCACGCUUAUUUCAAAUGGAUAAUUAUUCAUAAGAGCCCAUGAGCAGAGCUUGGAAAAACAGUAAGGGCAAAAACUUUCCAGUCUUCUCUCUUCCUCUUCCUGCUUACCUGAUAAAAAGCAUUAAUACUGCUGUGCUUAUCUGUGUGCAGCAAAGGUGACAAACAGUUUACUGAGCAGUGUCAUCCUGUCUGGAAAAUAAAUCUAUUUGUGGCAAACCUUUGGGAGUUAAAAACCCUUCCCUCAUUUUAUUUAAAUAAAUGAAAGGUUAUCAUUCCCAAAACCUUAGCAGAUAAUUUGAUUAGUUAGCUGAAACUGAUAUUGGGAUCAGCUUAAGGGCACACAUAUUUAUAGCAAAAUGUAAUUGGCAGAGAAAAUGACUGUAGUAUUAGGAAUAGCACAAGUUAUCCAGAGCACUGCCAUUCACAUACAUCUGUCCAUCUACUAAAAUGGACAUGCUCAAUGAUCAGCAGCUUCCUUAGCAUAUGCUGAAGCAUGAAGUAGAGCAGCAUAAAUACUAAUGCUCAACUUCAGGUGCAUGGUUGAUAAUUACAUACACAAAAUCAUU